GUAAAGUUGCUGAUUUUCUUAGGAACGCUAAAGAAAACUGACUGUGAUAGUUAUAAAAUACAAGUUAUAUAAAAUACAAGUGAUAAUAAAUAUAAUGUCUGAAAAAAAAUUUCGUCAAGGAAGAGCUAGUAAACAACAAAUAGAGGCUCUAGUAACUUAUUUGGAGCAACAUCCACAUCUUGCAUCGGGCAAAUUUACCACUUUAAAUAGUCAUGAAAAAUUGCAAAGUGAUUGGGAAGAAUUAGCCAAAUAUUUAAAUGCAUUGCAAGUGCCAAAUAGGAAAGAAAAAGAUGUAAAAUCCUGGAAAACUACAUGGCGGGAUCAUAAAUCUAAAGUAUCAGAAAAGGUACAAAAAUUAAGAAAAGCAAGUGUAAGCACAGGAGAUAAUUCUAUUGAGAUGAAUUUAACAGAAUUAGAUAAAAGAAUUUUAGGAAUAAUUGGAUAUGAAUAUGUGCAAGACUUUACAAAUGUUUCUGAUAGUUGCAAUGUUUCUGAUAGUCUUCCUGAAGAACAUAAUCCACAGCAAAUGAAAAUAUUAACCAAGGAAUAUAUAAGAAUGAAGAUACAUGAUGCACGAGAAUCUUUUGAAGUAAUAGCAGACAAGCAUGCUGACGCGAUGAAGAUGCUAGCUGAGGCAAUAAAGUUGCAAGCUGAUGCUACUCUUCAAAUAAGCAACGCUAUUGAUAAGAUGGCCAAAAACGAAGAACGACAAACCAAAUUAUUAGAAUUUAUAUGUGAAAAUUUAAAAGAUAAAAAUACAUAAGCUUUUAUUGACUUAC